UCCAUCCAUCGCACGGCACCCUUCUUUUUCCCAAUUCAAUCCCCCGAUCUCAACAACCUCUGCCACCCGUCGUCAGCUCUAAUCCCCCCCAUCGCGACGGCGUUCUUGCGCAUACUUCCCCCCCACGGCGCGGCCAAUCUUUCUUCUUCCCCCCGGUGCUUUGCCAUUUUUACCUUCUUUUUUUAACCCCCCCAUUUCUUCUCUACCCCCCCUUGCCCCUUCGGGCAGUCGGAUUCUCCAGCUCCGGCUCUGCGCCUACACUACCAAAGUGCCUGCGCUUCUUUUUGCUCGGCGGCGCCUCCUGAAGCUUCACACCACCUCUCUCUGCACCACGCAGCAACCUCGAAGCUUCGACCUGAGCCGGCCCGGUCACAGGCUGCAGCUCCCUCCCCCCGCCGCCCCUCAAGAGACCAAGGUCGGCCUUCGAGCUCGUCGCCCAUCCCCUGCCGCCUUGAGCCCGAAGACUCCGCGUCUCCGCCGCCCAUCAUGACCACGCAGCCCCAGGUCAACAUCGACCGCUACGUCGUGAUCCAUGUGGCCACGACCUGCGAUGAACAUGGCGUCUACGUCACCAAAGACUCUGCCGAGGUCAUUGAGCUUGGAUGGAUCCUGCUCGAUGCGAAUUCCCUUGAGGAGAUUACCCAUGAGAGCGUCCUCGUCAAGCCUGUCAACACCCCCAUCACGCCCUUGUGCACGAGCCUCACAACCCUCACUUGGGAGCACGUCCGAAAUGCCGGCACCUUCAGAGACGCCAUCGGUCGAUUCGAUGCUUUUGCGAACGAGUAUCUUACAAGCAAGAACCUCGACUUCGUAUUCGUCACCCUAGAUGCCUGGGAUCUGCGCGUUCAGCUUCCCCGAGAAGCCCGCGACAAGGCUGUCGUGCUGCCUCCGUAUCUGCAGCACUCACGCACCUUCGAUCUGCGCACCGAGUAUCAGCGUUGGCAGCAGCACCACCCCGAGUCGCUGCCUUUCGGCCCGUCGAUGCUCUCCAACAUCUGCGCCGCACUCGAGGUGGAGCCCGUUCAGUCGAGCGCCCCCAUCAAGCACAACUUGCCCUUCCACCUGCAGGCCUUGGCCCCGGCCUCGCCGCGCCGCGCCAUGGAGGAGGCCAUCACUCUUGCUCGCGUUCUUCGAGGGCUCAUCCGCAAGUCCCAGCCCUCGCAGGAGCACCCCGACGUCCUAACUCGGCCCAUGGAUGCUCGUGCCGAUGUGCGAGCCUUCCUCUCCGAGAGGAGCAAGGUCCUGCAUAUGUCUGGGCUUCCUCACGACACGACUCAGUCAGAACUUGAGAGCUGGUUCACCCAGUUUGGUGGCCGCCCUAUCGCCUUCUGGACUCUCCGUACCCCCGAGCAACACAAGCCCACCGGCACCGGCUUUGCAGUGUUUUCUUCACAUGAAGAGGCCGCCGAGAGCCUGUGCAUGAAUGGUCGCGCGCUCAACGAAAAGGCCAUUGAAGUCUCUCCUUCUUCCAGCCGUGUUCUCGAUCGUGCGCAGGACAUCCUGACGCCGUUCCCGCCUAGCAAGAAUCGACCUCGACCUGGCGACUGGACUUGCCCCUCUUGCGGCUUCUCCAACUUCCAGCGCCGCACGGCCUGCUUCCGAUGCUCGUUCCCUGCCAUGGGUGCCGGGCCUGCCGGUGGUGAGAUGGGCGGCGGUGGCCCUGGCGGCUACGGCUACCAGUACGGCCCCCCCAACAUGAUGCCUCCCCCUCCUCAUGGCGGCCACCACGGCCCGAUGGGCCAUGGUGGACGCAUGGGUGGCGGCGGCGUUGUCCCGUUUCGUGCUGGUGACUGGAAGUGCGGCAACGAGGUGUGCGGUUACCACAACUUCGCCAAGAAUGUUUGCUGUCUUCGUUGCGGCGCCAGCCGCGCCGGGGCUGCCGUGGUCGCCGACUCGGGCUACCCAUCUCCCAUGGAUAACGCGUCGCAGUAUAGCAUGAGCCAGGGAUCCAUGGCUGGCACUCCCGGUCCCGGACCAUUCGGCUCCGGCAACUCCUUCGCCUCUGGUGCUGGCUACAAUCAGCAUUUUGGAGGCCCUCCCAACCACUUUUUGCCGUCCGGCCUGGGUGGUGGUGCCGGUGCUUAUCCCAGCUCUCUCAACACCCAGGGCUUUGGCUCGACUCCAGGGUCUCACUCGGCCGGCCCUUUCGAUAGCCGAGCUGCGGAGGCCGCUUUCCAGUCCGCCACCAACGGCCCUGCGUCAGCCGGCCCCAACGCGUCCAACAACUUCUACAAUAAUGGGGAGAAUGACCCGUUCGCCUUCCUGUCAAGCGGCAUCGGCGGCCUGUCGGUCAGCGGCAACGACGCCCGCCAGAACGGCGGCGGUGCUCCCCCGAGCAAGUCGCCUGCCUAAAGACGACGUGACAAGUGAGCUAACCGUGGGCUCUCGACGGAACGUCUCACUCGGUUGAUAGUUGCGAAUCUUUCCGCGUCCCCACCAGGCACAGCAAGGGAUCAACGACUUUGGAAUGACGAACAUAGAGCACUUAUCCUUGACAAAUACCUUCUGGACUUAGCUUGCUGUUACUAUGGGAUAGGCGGGGGGGGACAAAGGUGUGUAUUUGGUGUCAGGUCCAGGACGGAGUGUCGGGGACGUUAUAUUUCUGGAGGGAUGCGGUACACUCUGACGGCUGGAAGACAAAAGUGACUAUACCACGCACGGCUGUUCUGGUUUGAGUCUUCGGUGCAGACAUUUUGCGGGACACGUGCGGUUUUGUUCACAAUUGGGGGGCCAUCUCGAGCGGCCCCGGGCUGCGAUUCUAUCUCGGUCGGGCGAUGCGGAACUGGAUUAUUCAACGGCGAUGGUGGAGGGUGUCGAAACGUGAGUUUCUGCUGGAAUAACCCUUUUGUUGUCCCGGGAGGUGCAUAGCGAAAGGGAGUGUACGGGUACAUCUUGGUGUGAGUCGUUCAAUAUCCCCCCAGCUCAGCGGCAUCUGCGUCUGGCGACCAUCAUCUUGGGUCUAGGACAUGGGCUACUACUACCUCAUUCGACAUUGUCUUUGUUGUUUCCUUGCGGUCGACUCUCAUUUUCUCUCCUCAUGUCUUUUCUAUCAAGUCUUUCGUUUCUCUCUUUUUUUCUAUUUUUUGUGCGCCCUUGCUUCAAGGGCCCCCCAUUCUUCCCGGGCAGCUCGAUGGUGUUGGUACGGCUGGCGGCGACUGGGAAAGGGGUGACCCGUUUGGAGCGGGAGGUUCGGGCGAGGAGUCGGGGAGCUUCGGAACUCGUUCAACGGCUUGGCUGGUGGCUACGGGAGGAGGAGGCGGCGGCUGCGUCUACUCCCUGCUGCUCCCGCGCUUUGAUGUUGCGGACUUGUUGAUACAAAAUGGAGGGCUACACCCUUCGGCGGAUGUGUGAUAGGACGAUGAGAUAAAAAAGACUUGGUUUUUCGCAUUUGCGUCUCGCGGCGUGUUGAUGGACCACAACGGGCGUUGCACUCUGUUCUGAUUCUCUACAAAGCAAGCU